GUUCUCAUCUCAUCCUCAUGAAACCAAAUCCUGUUCACACUUGAUCUUGAAAACCAGGUGUGAAGGAUCUGCAGUUUCUUAAGCAGUUUUUUUAAUCAACCCCAUUCAAGAUGAAUUUCACGCUACCUUCUUCAUGAGGAUGUGUCCUCUCCUAUGUUAUUUAAACAACUCUACUGAAUGCAGUCAGUCCUAAAUAUGGCCCUCGCGGUAACGUUCCUUCUUUUUGCAGGGUGUAGUGCAGCGAUGGAAAAUACGAAGGCCUUGACCGUGUCUCAAAGAUGCACGGAAGAUACCAACACUUUCCUCUGGGAAAUUAUCCAGGACAGGCCAAAUGAAUAUGCUGUUCUCAUGUAUGAUGCAUUUGGAAAGAUGGGCAGCAAUGUCGAAGGAGGUAAUGUCAACCAGCCGGGCCUGCUGCAACAGUGUCGCUCUGCACACGGUCCUACCUUCUCUGGACAGUACUGCCAGGUGUUCCUCAGGCAGGAAACUGUCCAGUAUUUUGUGGGUAUUUGUGUUCCUGACUCCUGUGGAGAAGACGAUGUGCAAAUGCUGGUGCUGUACGGGAGACUUCAGUUUGGUCAGAUAUCCCUCAUUCCUCCUUUACCUCCCAUCUUGGUCAACCAGUCCACUCAGGAGAUGAUCAUGACCCAUUGUUUGUCCAACAGCAUUGACCCAGAUGCAUCAGAUGUUACCUGUCUGUUUGUGUGUUGCAUAAUGGUAGCAAUUCCUCUUGCGGCUACCCUGUUUACAGCUAUAAUAAGGUGGCAACGGAACAGAGAGGUCAGUCACACAGCAGAGUCUUACUGUUUAAACCCUGGCAUCAACCUUUAUGGGACCCUGAAGACCAACGGCUCCUAUAGAGGCGAUAUUUGCAGUAGCACUUCAACAAGAAAUACUAAUAACAGCACCCAGGACAAGCCACUUGGUUUUCCUCGAAGCUGUAUGCACCAGUGCCUUCAGGCGUUCUCUUUACAGACCACCAGCCAGGGUGUCUUUAGCACCUCUUCAUCCAUCACAAGAGGAGGCUACUCCUCCUUAAAUGGCAUCCGUGUUCUCAGCUUGUUAUGGAUCAUAUGUGGACACUCUGCACAGUUCCCUGUAAUAAACAACCUGGAUAACUAUAAAGACUGGAAAAAAACUGUUGAAAGCAGCCCCAUGCAUGUGCUUACCAUCAGCGGGCCUGUUUAUCUUGCUGUGGACACCUUUUUGCUGCUAGGGGGUCUGCUCAGUGCAAGUUCUCUGCUGGGCUCCAUUGACAGGGCUGAAGACAAAUUGAGACCCAGUUUGGUGGCCAACUACCUCUUUAGGAGGAUUAAAAGGAUUCAACCACUGCACCUGUUUGUUAUGUGUCUAACCAUUGGCCUCAUCUCACUGGUCCAGUGGGGACCUUACUGGUUCCCAUUCAUGGAUACACUAAUGGAUUGUAAGACAUACUGGUGGGCUAACUUACUGUUGAUUAGCAAUCUUCUUCCAGUCCAGGAUAUAUGUAUUCCUUGGACAUGGUACCUGUCCCUGGACUUCCAGUGUUAUGCCACCACUCCUCUGCUGAUCUAUUUUUAUAGACUAAACAGAGGUGUGUUUGUGGUUGUCGCUGGAGGCCUUCUGCUGAUGACCACUGUGGCUGGUGCUGUCAUAACUGCACUCCUGCAGCUGCCAGUUUUUCAGCCGUCUACAAUGACAUCUGAGAAUUAUGUCUUGUAUUACUAUGUGAAACCAUACACAAGAUAUGGGCCGUUUUUAAUUGGGAUCUUGACCGGAAUAUAUUUGACAACAAAGAAAGAUAAUUUGUUGAAGCAAAAGUGGCAGGCAGCACUAGGUUGGUUCUGCUGUCUGUCACUCAUGGCUGUGGUGAUUGGAUUGGCCUACCUCCUCCGGGAAACCCCAGCCUAUCCAUCUGUACCACAUGCCCUCUACCAGGGACUGCACAGGCCCCUCUGGGCUCUGGCUGUGACCUGGAUCAUAUUGGCCUGUGAGGAGGGUUAUGGAGGUUUCAUCAAGAGCCUCUUGUCAUUUGAAUUCUGGAUCCCUCUUUCCAACAUCAGUUUUGCCUGCUAUCUCACACAUCCUGUCUUCAUCAUCCUCUACAUUGGCUUGCAACAGACCCCAAUCCACUACUCAAACAUUAACUUUAUGUACCUGUUCCUUGGCAACCUGGUGCUCACGCUGGUGGUCAGCUAUGUGUUAACCAUGCUGGUUGAGAAGCCAUACCUUCUUCUAAAAUGGAGCAGUAAAUAACAAGACAAGUCGGCACACAAAAGACUUUAUUCAGCUAACACCUAAUCUUGUAUCAGUUUGCUUGUGACUUGUAAACUAUGU